CAAGUCCUCAUGGUGGAUCCUCUACCUAACCAAUUAGAAUCACGAAUUUCUCAAAUUUUUGUUGUUGGGUGUGUGCAUCCGGGUUGCCGGUAAAGCAACAAAGAUGGCGUCGCUUGACAGAGUAAAGGUUUUAGUGUUGGGAGAUUCAGGUGUUGGCAAAUCCUCUCUGGUUCACUUGCUGUGUCACAAUCAAGUGCUGGGUAACCCCUCAUGGACAGUUGGCUGUUCUGUUGAUGUGCGGGUUCACGACUACAAAGAAGGAACACCUGAAGAGAAGACCUAUUACAUAGAGUUGUGGGAUGUUGGAGGCACAGUGGGCAGUGGCAGCAGUGUGAAAAGCACCAGGGCAGUGUUUUACAACUCUGUAAAUGGCAUUAUUUUAGUUCAUGACCUGACAAACAAGAAGUCCUCACAGAAUUUGUAUCGCUGGUCAUUAGAAGCAUUGAAUAAAGACUCCUCUCCAACUGGGGUUAUAGUCACAAACGGUGAUUAUGACCGAGAGCAGUUUGCUGACAACCAGAUUCCUCUGCUGGUGAUCGGCACCAAACUAGACCAAAUUCCAGAAAAUAAGCGAAGUGAUGUGUUGACAAGAACAGCUUUCCUAGCAGAGGAUUUUAAUGCAGAAGAAAUUAAUCUGGAUUGUACCACUCCAAGGUAUUUAGCAGCUGGCUCAUCCAAUGCGGUCAAGCUAAGCAGGUUUUUUGAUAAGGUAAUAGAAAAGAGAUACUUUACAAGGGAUGGGAGUCAGAUGCCAGGAUUCUCAGAAAGAAAGCGGUAUGGAGCAGGGAACUCCAAGAGCCUCCACUACGACUAACCCUCAGUUCUAGCAAUGUGGGUUAAAGGAGGACUGUACCACCAGCUGCAUUCUACAUUGGGAGUGAUGUUUUGCAAACAGCAUACUGUAUGCUGUACCUUUCUGGAUGUUAAUGGGGGGAGGGGGAGGGGGCUUUUAUUUAUUCUGUCAAAAAACAUGUGUUAUCAGUUAAAUGUGAGACCGGGUCAAUAGAUCUACAAUAUAAAUGUGUGUCCUGGAUCAUGUAUGUGUGGUUGUCCAAUGUCUUCUGGUGACUUCAGGCCAGUUUAAAACUUUUUUUUAAUCUUCUUUGUAAUUGGUACCAGUCCCUUGUGGAACCUAAAAGUUUGGCAGAUGUGGAGACAUUAACAAUAGCUGCUCUCCCAGCACUGUCUAGAAUGAGGCACAAUGUAUAUGCACAUUUGUGAGAGCUUAAUAAAGAAUGUGGUUCUCUUGCUGCCUGUGCAGCAAUACUCUGGAAGGAUUUCUGGGACUCUGGCACAAAAUAUUUGUUUGCACAAAAAAUAAACUGUUAUAUUUUAAAAUAACAGAA